AUGGGGUUCCUCCCUGAGUGUAAUUUAACGUGUGCUUUCUUAUUGCAUUCGUUUACAUUCCCUAUUGCUCAUUGCCCUUCUUUCAGUUGGGCAUCUUUUUUUUUCACAAUUAGGCCGCCCUUUUUUCCCAAAUUGGCACUUGUUUGUACGAUCUUUAGCUAG